AUGGACAGAAAUUCACGAAAAGCACGAAAGGCAAAUAGAGUUGAUAUGAGUAAACACUUUGUUAAUAGUAAAAAGACAUUAACAACACCAAUUGAAGUUAAAGAAGAUGAAGAAAAUAAUGAAGAAUUAAUGGAAGAGCUUGAAGAUGAAUUUGAUGCUGAAGUUGAACCUGAAGAAGAGGGAGAAGAAGAGAUUGUGCAAAGUGAAGAAAAAGAAACAAAAAUGGAUGAUGGAAUUGAAGAAACAGAUUUAGGAGAUAUAAAAGGAUUUGAAAAGGACGUUAUUGAAGAUCCAGAAGAUAAUGUAAAAGUUGAAACUGAAGUAUAUAUCCCUAACCAAAACAAAACUCAAACAGAAAAUGCUAUGGAGGAGGAGAAUGUUGAGUUAGAAGUUUCUGGUGGAGCUUAUAAAAUGCUUCAUGAAUUAAGUCUUGAAUGGAGUUGUUUAUCCUUUGACAUCAUUCCAGAUACAUUAGGUGCUUUAAGAACUACUGCUCCAUAUACUUUAUACUUUGCUGCUGGAACAAAUGCGGCUUCUGGAAAAAAGAAUAAAGUGUAUACUGUCAAAGCUGAAGGUAUGUGUAUUACUCACCAAGAUGAAGAGGAUGAGGAUGAUAGUGAAAAUGCUGAUCCUCUAAAACCAAAGAUAGAAGAGGACCUUGAUUAUACUGACCCAAUAUUAACUACUUCCAGUGCUUUAAUUCCUUGUGGAAUUAAUCGAUGUAGAACAAUGAAACAAAGACCUGGAAUUGUUGGGCUUUGGGGAGAAGAUGGAAAUGUUUAUAUUUAUGAUAUGUCAUCUCAUAUUAAAGGUGUUGAUGGUGGAAUAGUGUCAAGUGGAAAUGAAUUAAAGUCAACUUUACAUCAUAGAUGUGAAGGGUUUGCAUUAGACUGGUCACCAGUUGUUGAAGGAAGAUUAAUCACAGGGACACUAAAUGGUAGAAUUAUGUUAUGGGAAGAAAGAGGAGGAGAGUGGAGAGGAAGUCCAGAGAGUUAUAUGGGUCAUAAGAGUAGUGUUGAAGAUCUUCAAUGGUCACCAAAUGAAGCUGAUGUAUUUUUGAGUUGUUCUGUUGACCACACGAUUAAGUUGUGGGAUGCUAGAACAAAGAAACAAUGCGUUAAAAGUAUUAUUGGGCAUAAUUGUGAUGUUAAUGUUGUAAAUUGGAAUAAAAUUAACCCCUUUUAUAUUGUUUCUGGUGGGGAUGAUGGAGAACUUAAAGUUUGGGAUUUUAGACAAUUUGACUUUCCUUAUGCUACAUUCAAUUGGCAUAAGAAAGCAAUCACUAGUGUUGAGUGGUGUCCACAUGAUGAAAGUUCAUUUUUGGCAUCAAGUGAAGAUGACUCAAUCAGUUUCUGGGAUAUCUCAAUGGAGGCUGAUAGAGAAGUUGCUGAAGAAUAUCAUAUUCAAGAAAUUGAACAAAUUCCACCACAGUUAAUGUUCCUUCAUCAAGGGCAAAAAGGAAUCAAAGAAGCACAUUGGCAUCAACAAAUACAAGGAGUUGUUGUAUCAACUGCAUGGGAUGGAAUGAAUAUUUUCCAACCAUGUAAUUUCUAA